AGAAUCGUAACUAAUAGCAACCCUCGCUGACUCGCUGACGUACUCCCAACGAGCACCCCCUCGCUCUCUCCUUUCCUCUCCACACCUCUAACGGCAAAAGUCGCACCAAUGAUCGCUGCCUCGGUGCGUCGCGGCGUGAUCUGGCUCCUCGUGGCGGUGGCCAUGAUGGCCGGCCUCGCCUUGGCCCUGGACGGUGUGCCGUACGAGCCCAUCUUCCACAUCCGCCCGCCGAAGAACUGGAUCAACGACCCGAACGGCCCCUACCGCGACCCGGUGACGGGUAAGAUCCACCUGUACAUGCAGUACAACCCCAACGGCCCUCUCUGGGGCGACAUCGCGUGGUACCACGUCACGUCGGACGACUACGUCAAGUGGACACGCCCCGAGUCGCCGGUGGCGAUGUGGGCGGACAAGUGGUACGACAAGUGGGGCGUGUACUCGGGCACGAUGAUCAACAACAACCACAGCGAGCCCAUCGCGGUGUACACGUGCACGGAGCCGGAGAACAUCCAGCGCCAGUGCCUCGCCAGCCCGACCAAGGCGGAUCUCGUGGGCAAGCGCACGCUGGACCGGCUGGUCAAGAGUGCGCGCAACGUCAUCCUGUCGGAGGACGACGUGCCCGGCGUCGUCGGGCUCGGCAACUUCCGCGACCCCACGGAGUGGUGGGAGGACCCGGAGCACCCGGGCCAGUGGCUGAUUGCCUUCGUUGCCCGCAUCAACGACGCCGAGGGCGACAACGCGCACGUGGUCAUCUUCCGCACGCAGGACCCCACCUUCCAGUCCGGCUACAAGUUCUCGCACAGCCUCUACGUGUACAAGUACGACCUGGAUGUGAUGUUCGAGUGCCCGGACUUCUUCAAGCUGGCGCCGACGGGCGAGCACUACCUGAAGGUGUCCACCAUGCCCUCGCACCGCGACUACAUCAUGUACGGCUCCUACCAGCUGGACAGUAAGCUCGGCCAGUACGUCUUCGUCGAGGAUCCCGCACGCAGCUUCACCUUCAUCGACUACGGUCCCCUCUACGCCUCGAAGACGUUCCACGACCCCAUCCUGAACCGCCGCACCAUCUGGGGCUGGACCAACGAUGAGCUGAGCGACGACCAGAUCCGUGCCAACGGGUGGUCGGGCGUGCAGAACAUGCUGCGCACGGUGGAGUACGACAGCACGGAGAAGAAGCUGAAGACGCAGCCCGUGCCGGAGAUCAAGGGACUGCGGCUGAACAAGCUGGUGGAUGUGGAGGGUGUGCCCGUGACGAGCACGCCGACGCAGAUCAUCCGCAGCAACACGAACAACACCCUCUACCACGAGAUCGUCGCGAAGUUCACCGUGUCCGACCCGUCCAUCUUCUCGGCGACGGCGACGUACGCCGCGGACGGGUCAGACGCCCCCGAGAUCGGCGUGAUGAUUCGCGCCAACGCCGACCUCACGCAGAGCGCCAGCGUGUCGCUCAAGAUGCCCCCGUACGGCCCGAGCGUGGUGCCGGGCAACCAGCAGAAGGAGGACUGGCCGGCGAUCAAGAUCUUCGACGGCCCCGACGCGGCGAACUGCAGCGCCGAGUGCAACAAGCUGCGCCUCUGCGAGUCCUACACCUACUUCUCCAGCACGAAGAGCUGCAAGAUGUACUGGAAGAUCAACCCGAUGGAGGCCAGCGCAGACGCCGCCAGCGGUCUCGUGCGGGAGCCGCUGCUGUACCUGAGCCGCGAGGCCUCCAAGUCGAUCGGCUCCACCGGUCCGCUGAGCGGCCGCGCGCCGUUCGCCACCGCCACGCCCAACGGCUUCGAGCUGCACAUCUACGUGGACAACAGCGUGAUCGAGAUCUUCAAGGAUGGCGGGCUGGAGACGAUGACGAGCCGCCUCUACAUCGACAACGGCGACGACACGACGGGCGUGGCCGUGUACGCGAAGAACACCGGCGCGGCGACGGUGACCGCCAGCGUGGAGGUGUACACGAUGGACACGAUCUGGAAGGCGCCGGUGGCGAAUGCGGCGAAGAACUUCACCAACUCGCUGUACAACCUGCUGGACACCCUCAUCGACGUCUAGGGGCCCCGGUGGAGCGAGCCGUGCCGUCCGUCAAAAGAAUCGGUGGUGUUCGGUCUAACGCAGCGUAACUGAAGGUGCGGCCAAAGCGGGGAGCUCUGUGAGCGAGGAGUGGCGCUGCCUGCGUGGCACGAUGCGCCUCGACGCAUGAGCGCCCUGCAGUCCAUCGUCCGUCUGCGCCGCAGUCUCAGCGUCGUUCUCUUUUAUUGUUCCUCUCUUCUCGCGUACGAGCGACAGGUGCGCGUCUGCGGCAGGGCGAGGGGUGCAACGCGUUGCCACCCUUCUCUCCCCCUCCCCACCUCCCGCUGGAGCUCAUCAAGCAGUGCUUAAUGAGUGCGCGGUCACACUCGCAGCGAGGAGCCUCGAGAAGGCAGAUGGCGUUCGGCGCACUCGCCAACACGCACGCCGCCUGUCAUCAUCAUUUUCUUUCCCCUGUCUGUUUGUUUGCUUCCCCUCGAUCGCUGUGCAUCGGACAUGGACUUCUGUAGCGAGUGCGGGCCGGCCCCUCAACACACGCAUACCUGUGCCGGCAUGCAUUCCGUCGCACGCAGCGGGGGAUGCACCCGCAAAGGCGUCCUUUGCCGUGGCGACACACAUCAGUAAAGAAACGAAAAUACGGUAGACUACAUUUUUAAAGCUUCUGUUUUCUUGUUUGCUCUGCUCCACACCAUUGGUAAAGAACACGCUCCCAACGUGCACAUCGGUGUGGAAACGCGGAGCUGCGCGCUGUGCUGCCCCACGCACAUACACACAUACCUGGGGCCUCCGAUCGGGUCUGCCUGCACGGGAAGGAGCGCAGGAGGCCCGCCAGCAGCGCCGCGCUCAUCAAAAGCUAAUCCCCCCUCCUGAUCCCCAAAACGCUUGUUUCGAUAUAUAUUAAUACCUCGUUAAAUGUAUCUUGUAAUCUUCUUGUUUAAAGCCUACCUGUAGGAGUACUGAUUGUUUGAGGUGUGUGAAAUGCGUGUCCCUGCAGGCGCUCGCACGUAUCUUGAUGCGCGCGUGUGUCCCUGCCUGUUCACAGCCGUUGCCGGCCCCACCGCCGCACCUCGCUGCGUUUUCUGUCCCAUUUCUUUCCUGUGCGGUGGGGCCCGCGAGACCAAAGACGCUCAACACUAAAAUCUAUUUUUUGUCUUCCGUUUCCUGUGUGUUAAAGUUUCAAUGUUUACGCUUUCGCCGGCCUUAUAUUUAUGGUUGCCCGUUGUUCCCUCCCGGAAAGCUCGUUGUGCGCACGCCGCGUUGGGCGUGACAACGUGCUGGGCCUCUUCUAAUCGAUUCCACUCCUUUUGAUGUGCUCUCGCCAUCCGCUGUUGUGCUUUGCGCUCUCGUGCACGGCGGUGUUGGCGCACGAGGGUGGCCACGAAGCACGUGGGAAGCGACAACGGCACGCACGAUGGAGCGUCUUACAGAGCUGCUUCGACGGUCUCUGAGGGCGGUGGAUUCGCUGUCGCGCUUCGCGGACGUUGCGUUGGUCGGCAGUCCAGUUUUACCUCUGCGUGUCGGCGAGUGUGUGUGCUCCUUUCUGCAGCUGUGUGGGAUGCACGGAAACACCAAAUGGGUCUCGUCGGAGUUCAACGCGGGAACCGAAGAGGAAAAAAACGAACGUUAUUAUUAAUAAUCCUUCUUUCUUCUUCUUGUGUUUUGUUUUACGUACACCGCACUUGGAAAAUCGCCAUUACGAGCGUAAGUGGCAGUGGAAAAGAAU